UGGCUGGCUAGCUCGUCGGCCAUGGCGGACCACCAGAGGCAGAGGAUCCACCCGGUGGACCUGGAGGCGGGGCAGCCGAGGCCGUCGGCGCCGCUGGUGCCGCCGGGGAGCUCGUUCCGGUCCGACAAGGGCGACCCGGCCGCGGCCGCGGGCGGGAGGCCGCCGCACCACCAGCCGCUGCCCCCGCCGCCGCGCCGCGUGGCGGCGCCGCUGCCGCUGCCGCCGCCGAAGCGGCGCAGGGGCUGCUGCUGCCGCUUCAUCUGCUGCGCCGUGGUGACCGCCCUCCUGCUCGCCGUGCUCGCCGCGGCGGCCCUGGGCGCGCUCUACCUGGUGUUCCAGCCCAAGGCGCCGCGCUACUCGGUGGACCGGCUGUCGGUGUCGCAGUUCCAGGUGGACCCGGCCCUGACGGCGAGCGCGCGGUUCGACGUGACGGUGACGGCGGCGAACCCGAACGGCCGCAUCGGCAUCUUCUACGAGCGCGGGUCCAGCCUGAGCGUGUGGUACGACACCCACCGGCUCGCCCAGGGCGCGCUCCCGGCCUUCUACCAGCCCCGCCGCAACACCACGGUGCUGGGCGUGGUCAUGGCCGGGCAGGCGCAGCUGGGCAGCGCGGUGGUGGCGGCGCUGCGCGACGAGCAGCAGACGGGCGCCGUGCCGCUGGUGUUCCGCGCCGACGUUCCCGUGCGGGUGGAGCUCGGCAGCCUCAAGCUGUGGACGGUCACGUCCAGGGUGCGCUGCGACCUCGUCGUCGACAGCCUCCUCAACGCCAGCACCCACAUCAAGAUCAAGGCCAGCAACUGCAAGUUCAGCUUGAAGCUCUGAUCGGCCAUUGUACUUCCUUCAUGCUAGUGUAAUUCUUUGGGUGGUGCGUUAUAGGGAUUGAUCGAUCGAGUUCUUGGCCUUGUGGGCGCGCUGGAUACUUUUGGCAGCAGAGAGCCUUGCCGUGUUUGCAUCGGUGCCCUCCCGCCCCCUAGCAUAUCUUUUCCAGUAGCUCCGUGCAUGUACAUCUUGUGUAGAGUUGAUAUUACUACAUCUUGCUGUCAGAGAGGAAUACUAGUAUGCAUCAUCACUAGAUUUUCACCA